AUGGAAAAUAAAUCUAGAAUCAAUGAAUUCCUCCUGCAUGGCUUCCCUGAUACUGAGGAGCUAAGAAUAAUCCAUAUCAUUGUUUUUUUAAUAAUUUAUUUGGCAGCCCUCAUUGAAAACCUCAUCAUCAUCACUGUCAUUGUUUAUAGCCAUCAGCUGCAUUCACCCAUGUAUUUUUUUCUAGUCAAUCUAUCCUUGCAAGAUUUCGGCUCCAUUUCUGUCACAGUUCCAAAGUCAAUUACUAAUUCCUUGAUGAACACAGAAGCCAUUUCUUACUCUGGAUGUCUCUGCCAAGUUUUCUUCCUUGUUUUCUUCAUCCUAUCUCACUUCUUUCUCCUUGGUGUCAUGGCCUAUGAUCGUUAUGUAGCCAUCUGUAACCCACUGCAUUAUGAGACUAUACUAAACAAAAAAGCCUGCAUCAAAAUGGCAACCAGUGUCUGGAUGUGUGGACUAUCUUAUUCAAUGCUCCAUACAGGAAAUAUGUUUAUGGUGAAGUUCUGUUCAAAAAUCAUCAAUCAGUUUUUUUGUGAAAUUCCUCAGUUGCUCAAAAUAUCUUGCUCUGACUCUUAUGCUGCAGAAGAAUGGAUUCUUGUUCUAGGUUCUUCUUUAGCAUUCAUUAUUUUUCUUUUAAUUGUUUUUUCAUAUGUGAGGAUUUUUAAAGCAGUUUUUCAAAUCCCAUCUAUCCAAGGGAAGCAGAAAGCCUUCUCUACUUGCUUACCUCAUCUCCUAGUCAUUUGUAUUUUUAUGGUAAGUGGUACCUUUGCAUACCUGAAACCCAUAUCCAGCUCCCCAUCAACAUCAGACAUCCUGGUUUCUAUGUUUUACUGUGUGGUGCCACCAAUCAUGAAUCCAAUGAUCUACAGCAUGAGGAACAAGGAACUCAAAAUGGCAAUCUGGAAACUGAUCCUCAAUAUUUUUUCCAACACCUUGCCCCAAUUUUUCAGUUUUGUGUAG